UCACUAGAAAAGCCGGAGAGCAUAACGCCACCGCGUCACUUUGAGGGCGGAUAUCAGCCGGUCCUCAUCCUCUCUUCCUCCUACUCUUCCUCCUUCCCUGCACUCUCCCACUCGGUCUCCAUCAGCCUUCAUGGUUCUGAUCUCAGCCCACGCCAUGCAAGCCACCCGGGCGUCGACCACCGUCAGUGUGUUUGCGGACUGCAGCAUCCCGGCCGGGCUCCGGAUAGGACCGGUACCGGGCAUUUUCAAACUUGGGAAAUACGCGUCGGACCGUAAGGAAGUUGGACCCAAGAAGAAGAUCCGCUUGGUACGGGGAGAGUUCGUGGAUGAGUCGGCCUGUCCCGUGCCAGACUGGAUCGGAUUCAUCCGAUCAGCCAGAAACAGUCAGGAACAAAACCUGGAGGCUGUGUCGGACUUACCUGGCGGACAGAUUUUCUACCGCGUGCUGAGAGAAAUCCCUUCAGGAGAGGAGCUCAGUGUCUGGUACUCCAACGCUCUGGCUCAGUGGUACGACAUCCCCACCACGGCCACUCCCACACACGACGAGAAAGGUGAGGAGCGUUACAUCUGCUGGUACUGCUGGAGAAUAUUCAAAUACCCGAAUACACUCAAGGCCCACGUCCACUUCCACUGCGCCCUGAGCAAUGGGCGGGGGUUUGUGAACAGUGAGCAAGCCAGAGGCACGGAGACCUUCAGCAGGUCACCAAAGUCUGGAGACAUCCCCAACACUUCCACCUCUCCGAGGAGCGGCCACAGUAUAUCCUCCAUGUCAGACUCUGGCAGGCGGGGACUGUCCUCCUCGCCGUUUUUACACAAAGUGGGACUGUCAAAGAAAAGCAGCUCAGAGGAGCAGGACAGGGCCCUCGACAUGAGCGUUACCUCUGCCAGAAACCAAGGACACAUCCUCGGCCUCGGCGCCACAUCCUCAGUGCUGAGCAGCAUGGGCUUCCACCCGGGUGUGCGCUCUGCCUUCAAACCGACCGGCGUCUCCAAAGUCCCGGGCGCGGACGCCUCCAGAGAGGACGCAAAUGGGAAGCUGAGCGGCCUGGGAUUCAGCAAACUCAUCGGAAACAUGAAACCUAUGCGUAAUGUAGGCGAGACUCUAAAUGGAGCAGGGAACCCCCCUCCCAAGUGCACACCUGCAAUUAUGGACUCCGCAUCUCCAAUGGUGCCAUGCACAAACGCUAUCCGAGGCUUCCCGCUGCUGCCUCACAUAGAGGAGAACUCAGCUUUUAAGCACGUAGAGAGUCGGAUGCACUCCAGCCUGUCCCCGUCCCGUUACCCCCAGAUGCCUCCUGGACUCCAAUUUGAGAGGUUCUCUCUCCCUCACUUCGACGGCGUCAAAACAUAUGGUGGAGACUGUAACAUCCCACUCAUGCCCCUCACUCUCUACAACGGGGAGCUCCUGUACAGCUCGCCUUACUAUCCGCUAAAAUUCCACUUCAGCAACCUCCUCAAAUACCCGGAGUCCAUGUCCUACUUUGGCGCGCCCUCACUGAACCAUGACCUGGGCGCCAUCACCAACAUCGACCGGGAGAUCGCCAUGCACACGCAACAGCUGUCUGAAAUCGCCGCGGAGAAGAACCGGACGAGGCUAGACUCGAUGCCCACCGGGAGCGCCAGCAAUACCGGGUCUGGCAAACCGAAAAAGGGACACCUGUGUCUAUAUUGCGGCAAGCUGUACUCAAGGAAAUACGGCCUGAAAAUCCACAUGAGGACUCACACAGGUUACAAGCCGCUCAAGUGCAAAGUGUGCUUCAGGCCGUUUGGAGACCCCAGCAACCUGAACAAACACAUCCGGCUCCACGCGGAGGGAAACACGCCCUACAGGUGCGACUUUUGUGGCAAGGUGCUGGUGCGGAGGCGGGACCUUGAGAGGCACGUCAAGUCCAGACACCCAGGGCAGACCGUCAAGAAAUUGGAGGACAAACCGGGCGGCGUGUUCGAGGACGCAGAGCAAAAGAGCGACAAUGACAGUGAUGUGGACGUGUGCUUCACCGACGACCAGAGCGACCAAGAGUCGAGCAAAAAUAAUGACUGAGAAGUUUUCAUGCCCAAGAGAGAGACUGCUCGUUGACUUUAAUUUAUGUACACAAGAAAACAUCAUUUUCAUUUAGUCUUCUACUGAAGCUUGAAUCUUUACAUUUUAGACAUUGACCCAAUGGCGUCUGAACUACAUGGCACCUUUUGGCAUUUACAUGGCAUUUCUUUUUUUUUUUUGGAAAUGGCAAAUCUUCCUUUAUCUACUGCGUCUCAAAACACUGACAAUUCUACAGAACCACCACAGCAUCUGCACACAAAACAAUAGCAAUGAUCCAACAUCACUUCCAGACAGUUUCAGUCGCUUUAAGAAAAUAAACAGUUAGGGCUGAAUAUGAGACUAAAUGACUUAAGUUAGAUAUAUUUUUUUGCAGUGUAAAAAAAGGUAACGGCUGUCUUUUGUAAUGUCUCCCGCUGAGAAAGGAUCUAUGGGUUUAUUUACCUAAAGGCAUAAUAAAAAAAUAUAAAAAUAAAAAAAGAGCAUGCACUACAUUCCAUCACACUGGAUAUGGACGCAUUCUGGGAAAUUAUGACCUGCAAAAUAAUAUGAUUCUUUUCUAUUUUGUUUAAUUUUUAUUGUGAAAAAAAAUGCCUCAUUCUCACGUUCCCUUCUUAACUAUCAGUUGCACUUUAAAAACAACAAUGGGCAUUUAAUUUCAACAAAACAGAUGCAUAAUGAUUUAUUACAAUCCAACUUAUUGUCAUUACUCCAUUAAAGAGCUCGGAUUCCCUGCGCCUCACUGAGUAACACGCUGUACUUACAUUUGCACUUUCUUGCCGAGGCCCGCUGUUGUUAGAAAAGCAGCCAGUAGCAGCAGAGCCCAGUUUAUUUAAGGAACUAUUUCUAGAGAAAGAAAAUUGUAUUGAUUGCAGUUAUAGCCUAUGUAAAGAAGUGUAAAGUAUGAUGUUUCACAUUUCAGUGGAGAAGUGUUGUAUACGUUUGUUUAUAAGUGAUAUUGUCUAUGAGCACAAUGUUUACUCCUGUGUCCAUUACGUCGUUGGUUUUUGAAUAAAUUUAAUUUAAAUAUCAAGAAAAA